AUGUAUAAAUAUGGUGUUGAAUGUCUAUUUCGAUUUUAUACAUAUGAUCUAGAAAAACAUUUUCGUCAACAUGGUUUUGAAGAUUUUCAACAAGAAACUCUUUGUGAUCAUGAAGCUGAUCAAUUAUAUGGUUUAGAAAAAUUCUGGGCAUUUUUAAAAUAUUCACGACAGAAACCAAAAAUCAAUCCAAAACUUGAAGAAAUUUUAAAAAACUAUAAAAAUCUUGAAGGUUUUCGUGUUGAUAGUGCAUCAUUUCCACAACAAUUUUUUCCAACAAAAUCAAAUUAUACACCCGAAGCAAUUGCUGCUGCAGUAGCAAAGAACAGUGAUACAUCAAAUUCGUUAAAACUCAAUGAAGAAUUUGGUGUUUUAGGAAGAAUUGGUAUUGGUUUAGCUAUUGUUGGUGGUGUGAUUAAUUUUGACGGUGGCCAUCGAAAUAUUAUUUUUGAUCGUUUUCAAUGUGUUAAACUAGAUGUUAUUGAAGAAGGAACUCAUUUUAUGAUUUCAUGGCUUCAUAGACCAAUUAUAUUUGAUAUUCGUACACGACCACGAUCUGUUCCAUCAAUAACAGAAAUAAAAGAUUUACAAACAAUUAAUAUAACAUUACGUGUUCUUCAUCGACCAAGAGCUGAACUUUUACCAAAAAUUUUUUGCAAAUUUGGUUUUAAAAUCUGUUGUACUAAGUCUCAAUUUGAUGCUAUUGAAUUGAUUACACAACGUACACUUAUUUCUCAACGUAUUAGUGAAUUAUUAAUAGAACGUGCUGCUCAAUUUGGUUUAUUACUUGAUGAUAUUUCAACUUUUUUUGAACCUGAACUGACAAGCGCUGUUGAAUUAAAACAAGUUGUACAACAAGAUGUUGAAAAACAACGAUUUUUAGUCGAAAAAGUAAGUCGUCAAGCAAAUGUUAUUGCAGCAGAAGGUGAUGCUCGUGCAGCUGAUUUGAUUGGCAAAGCUUUAGAUGAAGCUGGUAAUGGUUUGAUCGAACUUCGACGAAUUGAAGCCGCUGAAGGUAUUGCAAAUCAAUUAUCAAAAUCAAGAAAUAGCGUCUAUUUACCACAUGGUCCUCAAAUGUUACUUAACAUUACUGGUGCAUGA